GCAUAUAAGCUUUACAAGAAAGGUAGGAGCUUGGAUAUUAUGGACUCUAUAUUGGCAUCAUCAGCAGUUCCUGAUCAGGUAGCAUUGUGUAUACAGAUUGGGUUGCUUUGCACCCAAUCCGAUCCACAGUUACGACCCACCAUGCGUCGUGUGGUGGUGAUGCUAUCAAAGAGGCCAGCCAUCCUUGAAGAACCAACUCGACCUGGAUACCCUGGUACAAGGUAUAGAAGAUCGCGAAGGGCCACCGCAGCAUCAUCCUCUACUGCCGGAACUUCCAGUGAAUCCAGUUCUCGUACGUUUGGUUCCUCCACCAGUGCCACUGCGAGCACUGCAACCUUUACAAGCCCAAGAUUAUACGAUCCUCAUGGAAAACGCCCCAUGAAAG